UCUUCCAGCUCUGCUUAUGAUCGUGACAACAAGACACGCGUGGCCAUCAAGAAGAUCAGCCCCUUCGAGCACCAGACCUACUGCCAACGCACCCUGAGGGAAAUCAAGAUCCUGCUGCGCUUCAAGCACGAGAACAUCAUCGGGAUCAAUGACAUCAUCCGGGCGCCCGUCAUCGACCACAUGAAGGACGUAUACAUCGUCCAGGAUCUCAUGGAGACAGAUCUCUACAAGCUCCUGAAGACCCAACACCUGAGCAACGACCACAUCUGCUACUUCCUCUACCAGAUCCUACGAGGACUCAAGUACAUCCAUUCUGCCAACGUCCUGCACCGCGACCUGAAGCCCUCCAACCUUCUCCUCAACACCACCUGUGAUCUCAAGAUCUGUGACUUUGGUCUGGCCCGUGUGGCUGACCCUGACCACGACCACACUGGCUUCCUAACAGAGUAUGUCGCCACGCGUUGGUACAGAGCUCCAGAGAUCAUGCUCAACUCCAAGGGCUAUACCAAGUCCAUAGACAUCUGGUCGGUGGGUUGCAUCCUGGCUGAGAUGCUGUCAAACAGGCCCAUCUUCCCUGGGAAGCACUACCUGGAUCAGCUCAACCACAUUUUGGGGAUCCUGGGCUCUCCCUCCCAGGAAGAUCUCAACUGCAUCAUCAACAUCAAGGCCAGGAACUACCUGCUGUCGCUGCCGGUGCGCUGCAAAGUGCCCUGGAACCGCCUCUUCCCCAACGCCGAUCCAAAAGCUCUGGACCUGCUGGACAAGAUGCUCACCUUUAACCCCCACAAGAGGAUCGAGGUGGAGGAGGCGCUGGCCCACCCCUACCUGGAGCAGUACUACGACCCCACAGACGAGCCCGUGGCCGAGGCCCCGUUCAAAUUCGACAUGGAGCUGGACGACUUGCCCAAAGAGACGCUGAAGGAGCUCAUCUUUGAAGAAACGGCUCGCUUCCAGCCCGGCUUCAGGUCCUAACGCCUCCCACAGGAGAUUCUGCGGACGGGUUCUGCGUCGCCACUGCUCCUCCCCGCCUCCACUCUGUUGCUGUGAUUUUGUUUUUUUUGGGUUAUUUUUGGGGUUUUGCUUUGUUUUUAUUUCUCCUCCCCUGAUGUUCGCACCGCCUGGAUUCCUCCGGUCUCUUAUUUUCUCUCGGCAAGUCCACUUUGCUCAGGAACGGCGUCAGGAAUCAAUCAGUCAUCCUGUCUCUCAGCAGAGAGGUGAGGUAGAGGGGGGGGGGGGGGGGGGGGGGGGGUCACACGUCACAGCUUAUGGUUUGGGGGGAAACUGUGUUUUUUGAAGCCAAGAUAAACAACUUUUUUUUGUGUUUAUGUGCGUGUCUCAAAAGGCAUUUGGCUCUUAUGAUUUAAAACUUUUUUUUUUAUGAUAAAUUUGUUUUUUUGUUUUGUUUAUUGGGGGUUUUUUUGUUUUUUGGUGCAACUUCUUUGCACCAAAAAAAAAAUCAAUCAUUAAAACAAAACAAGUUUUCAUACCUUUUGUUGCACUGUUACAAAAGGAUGCAGUGAUCUGUCUUUUUUUCUUUCUCUCAUUAUGGAAAAAAAAUUUUGAAUUAAUUCACCUGAUUUAUGCAAUUAUGACAGAAUUCGCCAGACUAUCCUGGCCUGAAGCCAUCACUUGGUGUUGAUGAGGAUGUAUAUUUUAUCAAACCUUGUAUUUUAAUCUCAAACAUACUCACACAAAAGGCCCAGAUAUGAGGACCUCAUAUAACUAUAAAUAUAUAUAUAUAUAUGAAGCCUGAAGAGUCUUAAGAUGUUUUAUUGUUUAGGGUGAAGAUAAGUGAAUCUGAUGAGUUUUCCCAGGAAAAAAGGCCCUUUUUUUUCUUAUUGGCAUUAAAACAUGUAGAUAUGUACCGAACGAGUUCAUUGGAAGUUUCUGCCUUAGCCACGAGGAAAUAAAGGAAAAGUUGAUUUCACACAAGUUUGUAUGAUAUUUUCAUAUUUUGCGGGGGGAGGGCGGGAUGUGUAGACCCGGUCGCCGUGCCCCUCCCCCCCCCCUCAGUUCUCCCGUUAUUCUCGGUUGUCCUCUCUGGUGUUUGUGGACCUCUCUCGCCUCGUUAGAAUAAUACUGUGCCCUUUGCAUGACUGUUAUAAGCUCCGUAUACAAAGACGGCAACGUUAAAAGUGCCACACAAGCCGGCCGGGUCCGCUGGGGCGGCGCUCCGGCUCCUUUCCCCGCUCAUCAUCUCGCUCCACAACACUCGGUGCUUUCUGUCCCUCCCUGGUUGCCGUCACCGUGACCCAUGACCCCGUCAGGCCUCUCCGUUAAGCAGACUUUAAUAUGCAUUUUGAUUUUCCUCUCUGUCCAAGUCCGUCUGCACACCCAGACGCAGUUCAAUGACGAUAAACGCUCCGUCUUUAAGAAAUCACCCCAAGAAAUGCGGUGGGGGGGGGGGGGGGGGUGCUCAAAGCACAGGGUCUCAGUAGAUAAACCUCAUUUCACAAAAGGUUUUGCUUUAAAUUUCACGUCUUAGUUCUCGCACCAGCUGGCAGAAUGUGGACCAGCGUAGACGUGCAGAAAUGCAGCGCAGGUCAACAACUUCUCAUGUCAAUCUGAUGGAAGACUGUUAGAUUAAAUACUUUUAUUUCAAAGAAGUGAGAAAAUGCUUUUUAAAGAAGGUGGGGGGGGGGGGGGGAAUAGGGCAGCGCUGCAGCAUCUGAAGGCCGAGUGAAUCUCUGCAAAACUUCAGGGCAUCUAUGGAAACAUUCACCAGACCUUUUAAUGUCCUAAUCCAAAUAGUCUAGAUUUUAGUCGUUAAAAUGCAUCUCCAAGUUGCUCUUAUUAAGAAGUGAGACACUAUGGAGCCAAAGGUUGGAUGUUUGAUUUUUCCUUUGCUCUGACUGGGAGUAAAUCCUGAGGAGGAGGAGGAAGAGGAGGAGGAGGAAGGUAAAAAGGAGCCGUCACAGCUUUGAUUCUCUCAGACGUGACGGAUAAUUUUCUGCUUCCCGGCUCCUCAACUUCAAACUGGACCAACAUGGAGAUUUCUCUCUAUUAUAAACAUUAACUCAGUCUGGGG